CAAUACAGAAGUUUGUAUAUACCGAAAGUAGGGCCGACUGCUAAGCAAGACAUAACGACACGGUGUAAGUGUGUGUAUCAUGGAUGGCUGAUCGUGAAUAUUGGAGUACGAAGAUAGUAAAAACUUAAUUUAGUGGUUAUCAUUGAAUGUGACCGGCGAUGAAACGACGAGAAUUACGAUGUGUGCAAGGCGCAGUAUGUUUGGUUGGUCUCGUGUGCCUUUUCGGCUGGGAUCGACUUGGACUUCUCACGUUUGACAGGUCAGUGGAUGACUGGCGACAUGCAGGUCAGGUCGCAGACACGUGGACCAGUCGAGUGGAGUCGCGCCACCUGACGGCCCUGGAGAACUGUACACCGCGAGCUGUGGAACAGUUCCCUAAAGGACUGUUUACUCAAGACGAACGUCUACGGGGCGGGAUUAUAGUUCACGUCCUCGUGUCGCUCUACAUGUUCCUGGGCUUUGCCCUUCUUUGUGAUGACUACUUCGUGCCUUCUCUUGAAAUCAUCUGUGAUAAUUUGCAUAUCCAGUCAGAUGUUGCCGGGGCAACCUUCAUGGCGGCCGGUAGCUCCGCCCCUGAGCUGGCUACAGCCGUCAUUGCUGUUUUUAUUGCCAAGGACGACAUAGGACUUGGGACAGUGGUAGGAUCUGCUGUCUAUAACGUGAUGUUUGUCAUCAGUAUGUGUGCACUGUUGGCUGGUAUGGUGGUGUACCUGAACUGGUGGCCCUUGGUCCGGGACUGUGUUUUCUAUUUGUUAAGUGUGGCUGCUCUAGCACUCGUGAUAUUAGAUGGACAUAUUUAUUGGUAUGAGGCGUUGGGCCUGGUGCUUUUCUACCUAGUCUAUAUUUUGAUAAUGUACCACAACGCCAAGCUAGAGGCGUGGUUUGUGCCAAAGGUGACAUGGUGUGGGCAGGCAGCAGUACGGAAGAAACAACCAGAAUCCAUCGUCCUGUAUGACAAGUUACGCGACGCCAAUAGCAACGGGGCUGUUAUACUCAAUGGCAAUAGUGUGACGGAGUCUUUUACAGAUGAAAUGACGGCACUUACAGAAUCAGACUCGGAUGAUCCUGGUGAAGGCCACACAGUGAAAAUGGCGAGUUACGAUAAGGAACCUGAGUCCGUGUUUGCUUGGCCAGAUGCGUGUUGGAAGAAAGCUUUGUUUAUUAUAGCUAUACCUCUGAAAGUGGUGCUGUUUAUAUCUAUACCGGACUGUCGUCAACCGCGAUGGCAACGCUGGUUUGUUGUCACUUUCGUCAUGUGCCUCACCUGGUUAACCAUCUUCUCCUAUAUAAUGGUGUGGAUGAUAACUGUUAUAGGAUAUACGGCAGACAUCCCUGACACGAUCAUGGGUCUCACCUUCAUCGCGUUUGGAGUCAGUUUGCCUGAUGUGAUAGCUAGUCUUAUAGUGGUACGGGAGGGUCAUGGAGAUAUGGCGGUUUCUAAUGCUGUAGGAAGUAAUGUUUUUGAUAUCCUUAUAUGUAUGGGGUUACCGUGGUUACUACAGAUCAUCAUCAAUAAUGGAGAACCUGUCCAGGUUUACAGUGAAGGUCUCCUCUACUCCUCCUUCACUCUGCUAGCCACUGUGUUUUUACUGCUGUUGAUCACCCAUCUUAACAAGUGGCGACUCACUAAGACGUAUGGGGUCGUGCUUCUUAUCAUAUAUGUGUUUUUUACCGUACUUACAUCGCUUUACGAACUCAACAUAUUUGGUUAUGUCCACCCACAUGAAUGUGCAAGCAACUACUGAUGAUCGACACCACAGAAACACUGGUAGGUCGUGUAGGAACCAGUGACAUCUCAAAACAACUGCUGGAUGUUCCCGUAGUGACUGAUGAUGUCACAACGAUGCAGGGUGGGAAAGU